UACGAUGACCAUCACUGCUCCACCAAAAGACGAGAUUAUCUCAAAGUUUCCGGGCUCUGAGCCACUUCUCAACUUUUACAAUGAGCUCUCGGAUGCCGAAAAAUCGAAGCUUUUCCACCAAAUUUCAACUCUAAACCUUUCGGAAGCUCAUCAAUGGUUCAUUGAUUCAGCGGAUCAACGGGCUCCAUCAACUGCGGAAGACCUUAAGCCGGUUCUUGAUUCUCAGCAUUUUGUACAAGCUGAAUUGCAUCAAGUGAUCCUCGAUGGUCUCUGGAACAAGGGAAUGGAUGCUAUUGGACGUGGAGAAGUAUGUGCAAUUGUGCUCGCCGGUGGACAAGCUACACGUCUUGGAUCAAGUCAACCGAAAGGAACGAUUCCAUUGGGAAUUAACGCUUCAUUUGGAGAUUCUCUUUUGGGAAUUCAAGCUGCCAAAAUUGCACUUCUUCAGGCUCUCGCUGGAGAACGGGAGCAUCAGAAUCCGGGAAAAAUUCACUGGGCAGUUAUGACGUCACCUGGAACAGAGGAGGCUACUCGUGAGCAUGUGAAGAAACUGGCGGCUCAUCAUGGAUUCGAUUUCGAUGAACAAAUUACUAUUUUCUCACAAGAUGAAAUUGCUGCAUACGAUGAGCAGGGAAACUUCCUUCUCGGAACUAAAGGAUCUGUUGUUGCUGCUCCAAACGGCAACGGAGGUCUCUACUCUGCCAUCUCUGCUCAUUUGCCACGUCUUCGCGCGAAAGGAAUCAAAUAUUUCCAUGUGUAUUGUGUGGACAACAUUCUGUGCAAAGUUGCCGACCCUCAUUUCAUCGGAUUCGCCAUUUCAAACGAAGCUGACGUUGCAACCAAGUGUGUUCCGAAGCAAAAAGGAGAACUCGUCGGAUCAGUUUGUCUUGAUAGAGGACUACCACGUGUCGUUGAAUAUUCGGAGCUUGGAGCCGAGUUGGCUGAACAAAAGACACCGGAUGGAAAAUAUUUGUUUGGUGCAGGAUCUAUUGCAAAUCACUUUUUCACGAUGGAUUUCAUGGAUAGAGUCUGCUCUCCAUCAUCUCGUCUUCCAUAUCAUCGUGCUCACAAGAAGAUUUCCUAUGUGAAUGAGCAGGGAACCAUUGUCAAACCGGAAAAACCAAAUGGUAUCAAGCUGGAGCAGUUUAUUUUCGACGUCUUCGAGCUCUCGAAGCGAUUUUUCAUUUGGGAGGUGGCGAGGAACGAAGAGUUUUCUCCAUUGAAAAAUGCUCAAUCUGUUGGAACUGAUUGUUUGAGCACUUGUCAGAGAGAUUUGUCCAAUGUGAACAAGUUGUGGCUGGAACGUGUUCAAGCGAAAGUGACUGCAACUGAAAAGCCGAUCUACUUGAAGACAAUUGUCUCCUACAACGGAGAGAAUCUUCAAGAACUCCGUCAUCGUGAAAUUUCUGAUAGUGCCUUGGAAUCCGAUCAUUCGAUUAACAAAUUCUUUGUUGUCUAGUCUUCUUUUGUUUCAUAUUUAUACUGAUUGCCCUACUCAUUCCCCUAUCAUUUCCCAGCCAACUGUGUUUUAUUUAUGUUAAAAUCCCCGUGAUGCUUUCAAAUUUCCUUCGGUAUUUUCCCCAAAAACCGUAGUUAUUAGGCCGAUAUUAUUGCUUGACAUCCAUUUGUUUUAAAUUUCUUAAAUUUUCGUAAACUGAAACGAGUUCGAAUACAGAUUUUGUAAAU